AUGGAAGAUCAGGAGAAUGACUACGAUGAAGCAAAUAAUGAACAAGUUAAUGCAGAAUCAAUGUUCUUAUUCAGACAAACUGUAGGGGCGAUUUUAAAUUAUUACGCCAAAUACAUGCUCAAGGAACCAUGCCGUACAUCUCAACGAACAGGUCAUACACUCAUGCACGAAAUACUAAAUGGUAAUGAAACUCGAUGUUACCAAGAUUUUCGUAUGACAAAAUCAAUUUUUUUGGAUUUAUGUCGUGAUUUAACCGAAACAUAUGGUCUCACCCCUACACGAGGAAUGUCUGUGCCUGAAUCAGUCGGAAUAUUUUUGAUGAUUUGUGGGUAUGGGGUUGGGAAUCGAUUAAUACAAGAAAUGUUCAAUCAUUCUGGUGAGACAAUUAGCCGGCAAUUUCAUAGAGUUUUGGUUGCUGUUAAUAAGUUCGCUAUUGAUAUUAUUAAACCACAUCCAAAUUACAAUGAUGGGGAAGGAUACCACAAACUGAAUAAUCCCAAGUAUUUGCCAUUCUUUAAGGAUUGUAUUGGAGCUAUUGAUGGUACUCAUGUAAAGGCUCGGUUGCCACGAGGGUGGGAGGGAUCAGCUCAUGAUGCUAGAAUAUUUGGUGAAGCAAUUCGAAGGUCCGACUUGAAUUUUCCCCACCCAACAGGAGAGAAAUAUUAUCUAGUAGAUGCAGGAUACUCUCAUACGACUGGAUACAUGGGGCCAUACAAAGGUGAGAAUAUAAGAUAUCAUCUUGAAGAUUUUCGACGUGCAAGAACAAGCCGAUUGCGUGCACCAAGAGGGCAUAAAGAGUCAUUUAAUUACUUACAUUCUUCUUGCAGAAUGGUUGUUGAGCGGACUUUUGGAGUAUGGAAGAAAAGAUUUAGAGUUUUGGGAGAUAUGCCUGCAUAUAAUUUUGAUACCCAACGAGACAUUGUUUUAGGUACAAUGGCCAUCCAUAACUAUAUUAGAAAGAAAGGGGUACAUGAUGUUGCAUUCACUGCAGUUGAAAACGAAAAUUAUAUUCCUGAUGCACAAUCUGUGACACCAUCUGAUAGUCAAAGGAACGAUGAAGUGGACCGGAGUGAUAUUUAUUGGAUGGCAAUGCGAGAUGCUAUAGCUCUAGAUAUUGGACAAUCACGAUAA